CUAUUUCAGUUUAUUUAUUUACUUUGUGCCUUUGCCGCGGUGUUUGCGAAUUCGCCAUCAAUUUGAUAACAGCAACUGAAAUGAAACAGUUUCUGUCUUAUCAGUUUCUGAAUUUAAAUGUUGACCCACCGCCAGUGUCAAAACACUCAAAACCCACAGGUAGGAACAUCACGAGUGGUUGAGUUUAGCGAUUAAUGCCUAGUGGAUAGUGCUCUCUGCGAUUACCCGUAUGCCGUAUGCAAUCAACAGUUUACAAUAUAAAUAGUUUUCGUUUUCGACCAAUAGCAUUUUUAUCCCGUCCUAUGGCAUAAUAUUUUUUAUACUUCAGAGUUAGUUCAGUGUUAAUUUCUCUAAGUUAUCAGGCUUAUUGAAUACGUUUUAAUUUUUACACCCAUCUGCGAUUCACAAUGCGUUUGCUCAACACGUUUUUACGACCAUCUACAGGCGUCCGAAACAUAUCCAGUUUGGUAUUGCCCGAAACCCAUUCAAAAUUGAAAAAUGUUUGUCGUGAAUUUUCUGAAGCUGAAUUGCGUCCAAUCGCUGCAACACUAGAUAAGGAACAGAUGUACCCUUCUGAUCAAAUCAAAAAAUUAGCCGAUUUAGGAAUUUUAGGGGUUGUGGUUGACAAGAAAUAUGGAGGAUCAGGAGCUGACUCUCUUGCAUUAUCAAUAGCAGUCGAGGAAAUAUCCAGAUGCUGUGGUGGAACUGGUUCAAUUGUAAGCAUUCAUAAUGCUUUAUAUGCAGGAAUAUUAAACAAAGUCGGCACACCUAAACAAAAAUUGCAAUUUCUACCAGAUUUCAUUAGUAGAGGUGUUGUGGGAUGUUUUGCUCUUAGCGAACCAGGAAGUGGCAGUGAUGCUGCUAAUAUGCACACAAUAGCAAAACGUGAAGGAAAUCAAUGGGUAUUGAAUGGUACAAAGGCUUGGGUGACUAAUGGUAUUGAAGGAGGUGCGAUUAUUGUGAUGGCUCGAUCCGAUGUUUUUAAAGGUCAUAAAGGUGUAUCAGCAUUUAUUGUACCAACAAAUUCACCAGGUUUAACAAGAGGUAAAAGAGAUGAUAAAUUAGGUAUUAGAGCAGCGUCUUCUUGUAAUAUUAUUCUGGAUAAUGUUGUUGUACCAGCUGAAAAUAUGUUAGGAAAUGAAGGUGAUGGUUUCAAAAUAGCCAUGUCAGGAAUUGAUUUGGCUAGAAUAGGUAUUGCAUCUCAAGCAUUAGGGAUAUCACAAGCAGCAAUGGACUGUGCAAUCGACUAUGCUGGAAAUAGAACCGCUUUUGGUAACGCUAUUAUUAAACUUUCAGCAGUGCAGCAAAGGCUUGCUAAAAUGGCAACACGGUUAGAGGCUUCUCGACUUUUAACAUGGAAAGCCGCUUGGUUGAAGGACAAUGAUCUACCUUUCACUAAGGCUGCAUCCAUGGCCAAGUUAGAUGCAUCGCAAACAGCAACGUAUAUUACACACAAUUGUAUACAGAUUCUUGGUGGGAUGGGAUAUAUUUCCGAUAUGCCAGCCGAACGGCAUUACAGAGAUGCAAGGAUAACUGAAAUAUAUGCAGGUCCAACGGAUAUUCAAUAUUUGGUUAUAGCUGAAAAACUAGCAAAAGAAUAUGGAUAUAAAACUAGAUAAGACUUCAAUAUUAAAUUCCGUUAUUGACUUGGUUAUGGACAUUUUGUUUUUAUUUAUUAUUAUUUAUGUUACAUGUUAUAAUAUUAUGUGGUUAUAAUAUAACUAUGAGGUAUU